AUGGACGACGAGAUCAAUGUACGAUCAACUCGAGCGCGAGUCCGCAGACGUGAAAAGAUUAAUAAUGCGUCAGAACAUUCAUUAUCCAGUCCCAAGUCAGAGGAGCUGACGCCCUUAUGCAUCAGACGUAAAGAGACAUGUGUUUUUGAGGAGAAAGAGAAGAAAGCAGCUGUUUCGGUCAAUUAUCUAGACCAGUUGCAUGCUCGGAUCGAGUUGCUAGAGGCUCAGUUACAGUCGCAGUCUGCGCGAGACAGAGCUCCAGACAUUGGCUCAAACUCAGUUCAAUUAGAACAUCAAGAGAUACCCUCACCAUCAAGGGGCUCUUCUGAAGGGCCCUCGGGUUUGGAUGGGCAUAGAAAGACACCAUCAAGAUCACAGUCAGAAGCCCUCACAAAUACUCUCGUCACUUCCGAACCACAGAUCAAAGUCCAUCGUUAUGGCCAUGCUGCCUACCUCGGGCACAGUUCAACAUUGAGCUUCAGCCGCAGUGUCCGUAAUCUUCUUCAACAGUCAUCACCCAUAGCAGAUCCCGAUAGCGUAUCCAUGGAGCGACAGGAUAUAUCGUAUAUACGGACCUUGCCACCAAUAGCCCUUGACCUGUCAAGCAUCCCAUUGCCGAAGCUGUCGUACGCCAAAUAUCUGACCAACACCGUAAUUGUACACAUCGGCUCUCUUUACUCCAUCUUUGACUCAGACAAGUUCCUCCGGCGAUUACAGAGCUUUUACGAUGGCCGUGAAAAUGGUUCAGUGCCAGAGGCGAACUUGUGGCAUAUACAGAUGCUCCUGGUACUGUCAUUCGGCAAGUCAAUCCAAUCCAGGGAACACUCCGAGAUGGGUCCUUCUGGCAUGUCCUACUUCACCAGCGCAGUUGAAGCUAUGCCCGAUAUAAGAAGACUUUACGAAGAUCCCUUGCUGUCGAUUGAGAUUCUUUGCCUGUCAGCUUUGUUCAUGCAUGCCACUGAUCUUUUGCAAGAGGCCUAUGUCACAAUCGGACAAGCCCUACGGAUUUCCGUCACCAAGGUGCUAAAUAAGCAAUUCCCGGAAGCAUUAAGACCUCCAGACACCGAGUACCAAAGACGUCUCUGGUGGACGGUGUAUUGCAUCGAUAGGAAGUCAGCAGCUAUGCUGGGUAGUCCCUCUGUUAUGAGAGAUGAAGAUAUCUCUAUCCCGUUCCCAGCAAUCAAGCCCGGUGACGAGUCUCAGAACGCGUUCGCCAUUCAUGCCAUUCUAUCUUCACAUCUAGGCAAAAUUCUUGAUGUCAUCUAUGGAGUCCACGAUCAACAACGCAAUUUUCUUAUUGAAGUUAAAUCCAUCCUCUCGGGCAUUGCCGACACGUAUGGCAUUUUGCGAGAACAUUUGCCACUUGAUGUUCAGCAACAGAGCCAGCCACUUUCUCGCGAGUCUGCCACGCUGCACCUCCUCUUGCAUCAGUGCGUCAUUCUGACUGUUCGGCCUGUUCUUUUCUCGCUUCUCAAACCUCUAUUGACCGCGACUGGCUCCGAUACCAACACUCGCUGUUCCUCUUCGCCAUUUGAGUCAAUGCUGAAGAUGUGCAUCGAGUCAGCGGUACAAAUCCUCAAGAUCAUGUCGAUGCUGAAACGGCAGAUGAUGUGUGACAUAUUCCUUCCGUAUGACAUCGACGCCUUGUUCUCCGCAGCAUUUGCCCUAAUUCUAAUCGACAUCAUCAGACCAGCAAAUGAGUUGCUCUGGGAUUUGCCCCAGGUGAUGAACCUACUCGGGGAAUUUGUCUCACGGCGCGUAGCUCCAGCCCAAGCUUAUCGAUCAGACCUUGUCCAGAUUCUUGAGCUACACACCAAGAUACGCGGUAACAGCAAUAGUCAACAGCUGGAUAGUAGUGGUGCGUUCGACCUUGGCGUCGUGCCUGGUCUGGCUGGAUACGCUAUAACCCAUCCAGGCCAAACAGACACAUCUCCAGAUCCGCUGUGGUCGAACAUACGCGACGGGAACGAGACUUUUGCUCCUGCGCAUCCUGAUGCCAUUCUUUCUGUGAUUGACGAUCUGAACGUCGAAGGGUUUAACUCCCUCGACACCGUGAUGCUUGGUGACGGCUGGAUAUGGGAUCUGGACAACAUGUCUACAAAUAUCUAA